AUGUGGCUAGACCUUAACAGAAGGAUAAACAGAGAAAUGUCUCACUCUGAAAACAAAGGGCUGAUAUUGGGCAUAAUGGCAGGGGCUGCUGGAAUAAGCUUGGUACUGGUUUGGUAUCACAAGAGCCGAAAAUCUGGAGCAACUGUAAAUUUGCCUGCGUUUCUAGAUUUACGCAACAGAUUUCAUUAUGUAGAUUUGCAAAAUGAGACUCAUAAUGAGCAAGGAACAGUAAUGGCUUUACAAGGAAGACAGCUUCAGAUACUGGAAAAAUUGAAUGGCUUACUAUUGAGUGUGGAAGAACUGAAGAGAGAAGUGAAGUUUCUUAAAGAAGCUGUUCCAAAGCUGGAAGAGCUUGUUCGAGAUGAGCUGCAAGGGAAGGCUGGUGUUCGUCGGAUUAGCCCUUUACACAAAGCCACCAGAAAAAGAAGAGCUGAGACAGUUUAUGGUGCAACAGAAACUACCAGCUCUGAGGAGGCAGAUAGUGAAGGAGGCUAUAUUACAGCUCACAGUGAUACUGAAGGAGAAUCCGAAGAAGAAAGGGGAUGGAUUAGUUUACCUGCAGCAUCUGCGAGAACAGAAAAGGAAACAGAACUAUUUAAUCUUCUGCAGCAGGUGGACAGUUUGCGUUGUGGUUCAGAUGAUGAUAAAAAGGAGAGCUUCAGACUGUUACUUGAGAAAGAGGAAAAGUAUGGAAACCAUGAGGGGUUUCUUUGGAGACUUGCACGAGCUUAUGGAGAUAUGUUUGAGAUGACUACAGAUGUUGAAGAAAAGAAGAAAUAUGUUGCUAAUGGAAAGAUUGUAGCUGAAAAAGCUAUUCAGCUGGAUACCAUGAGCGCUGAUAGUCACCAAUGGUUUGCAAUUAUGUGCGGCUAUAUGUCUGAGUUUGACAGUAUACAAAACAAAAUCAAGAAUGGCUGUCUCUUUAAGGAGCAUGUAGACAAAGCAAUUGAACUUAAGCCUCAAGAUCCUUUUUUAUAUUACCUAAAUGGAAGAUGGUGCUAUUCAGUAGCACAGUUGUCUUGGAUUGAGAAGAAAGUAGCUGCUACUCUUUUUGGGACUCCACCAACUUCAACAGUACAGGAAGCUUUGCAGAAUUUCCUUAAGGCUGAAGAAAUGCAUCCUGGAUAUUCCAAAUACAAUUAUGUGUAUUUGGCAAAGUGCUACAAAGAUCUUGGCCAGAGAAGCAAUGCACUGAGAUACUGUGAUUUUGCAUCAUCAGUGUUACCAGUUACCAAUGAGCUCAUGGCUGCUGCUGUCCUAAUGUGGCUGCAGAAAAAGGCCUCGGAUCUUACAUGCGGAAAAGUUUUGCCCCAUGUCCGCAUUUGCGCUGCCCUAAAUAAUUUCGGUCUCAAUGACUCUGGAUUCUGGAUUUCUGGUUCUGCUUCUAAAAGCAGUGUACUCUGGAGCCUGGUGAUUCUGCAAGACCACCAGUGCAUUGUGGGUCAGUGGCAGGAGGAGGACAAGUUUCAACUUGUCUUCAGCCACACUACUGUUAAACUAGUACAGUCUGAACCAGAUGAACUUUACCCAGUUACAUCUGCUGAAGAAAGUCUGUUUUAA